AUGGACGAUCUUAUGAUUGAUACAAACGGAUUGGGAGAUAAUUCAGACAUCGAAGGUGAUGAUAUAAGAUGUGAUAAUAUAGCAGAAAAAGACGUAAGCGAUGAAGAAAUCGACGCAGAAGAUUUGGAAAGAAGGAUGUGGAAAGAUAGAAUCAAACUCAAAAGAAUCAAAGAAAAACAAAAGAUUUUAGCACAACAAGCUGCAGAAAAGCAAAAAGCAAAACAAACAAGCGAUCAAGCUCGAAGAAAAAAAAUGUCAAGAGCUCAAGAUGGGAUCUUAAAAUACAUGUUGAAACUCAUGGAAGUCUGCAAAGCACGUGGAUUUGUUUAUGGCAUCGUUCCCGAAAAGGGCAAACCUGUAAGUGGUUCAUCUGAUAAUUUACGAGCUUGGUGGAAAGAAAAAGUCAAAUUUGACAAAAAUGGCCCUGCAGCCAUAGCAAAAUACGACAAUGAAUGCAUUUCAAAAGGUCAAGGAAUUGGGUGUCAAAAUGGGAACUCAAAUAGCAUUCUUCAAGAUCUUCAAGAUGCUACUUUAGGCUCUCUUUUAUCUUCUUUAAUGCAACACUGUGAUCCACCACAAAGAAAGUUCCCGUUAGAAAAAGGUCUCCCGCCACCAUGGUGGCCCACUGGCGGUGAAGAGUGGUGGUCAAGAUUAGGUCCAGGGCUUCAGAAAGGUCAACCCCCUCCUUACAAAAAGCCUCACGAUUUGAAAAAAAUAUAUAAAGUCGGUGUUCUUACUGCUGUUAUAAAACACAUGUCUCCAAAUAUUGCUAAAAUUAGAAGAUUAGUAAGACAAUCAAAGUGUUUACAAGAUAAAAUGACAGCAAAAGAGAGUUCAAUUUGGUUAUCAGUUUUGAGCCGUGAAGAAGCUCUGAUUUUACAGUCUAGCGGCGAUAAUGGCGGCUCAGGGAUCACCGGAACACCUUCCGGUGGCUGCCGGCCGGAAAAAAACCGCCCGGAAAACAGCUACGAUAGUGACUACGAUGUUGACGGUGUUGAAAAUGGUGGCGGUUCGGUUUCUUCCAAAGAUGACAGACGACGUGAUACGCCGCCGGAGGCGGCAGUGCCGCUGGCGGCACCACCGCGUAAGAAGAGGAAACGGGAGAAGUCAAAGGUUGACCAAGUGGAACGGGACGGGGUGCCGGAUAUAAACGAAAUGGAUGUUUCGUUGAUUGAAUACCCGGUGUUGCCGGAAAAUCAUCCGCUAAUGGCUGAUGCUGUCGCCGGAGUAGAAACUCCGGCGAACAUGGUUCUGUAUCCACCGCCACCACCGGUGGUGGUUCAAGAUUCCGAUUAUAGACCUCAGAGUUUAGUUGACUACCGCUUGUUUGUUCCGGCGAUUGAAGGGCGGAAUCCGGUGAACGAGUUCCAGAUGAGACCGGAAUAUUCUUCAGAACCACCGGAAAACGUAAACCCAAAUGUAAUCCCAGGCGGUGGAAGUGGUGGUGGUGGUGGUGGAGGUGGUGGUCUUGAGAUUGUUGAAAAAGAAGGAUAUAAUGAGGGACAAGUAGUGGACAAUCAAUUUGAAUCAUCGAUUAAUAUAUUUCGGAGCAUAAGUUUUCAAAAUUGUAUGGUGAAUAAUGCAAAGAUUACAAGCAUGGCGUUAUUUGGCUGAUGUUUCUGAUACUUUAUCAAGAAUGUAAGGUUAUAGUUUUUUGUUUUUUUUGUUGCCAAUUUUGGUGGUAGAAUAAUGAAUGAAUGAAUGAAUGAUCUUUAACAGUUGCAUG